CGUAAUUGAAUUGUGUAGUUGAAUUUCUAUCUGAUUGCUAAAAAUAAAUGUUUGUGAUUAACAAAUCGGUCCAUUGCGGAAAUUAAGAGUUUCCCCGAGUACUUCCCAAUUACGAGAUUUCAACCCUUUGGUGUUAUUUUCUCUUUACGUGUCGGGUGAAUAGGUAUGUAAUCCUCCUUUGAAUCAUAAGCCAUAAAAUUUUAACCCCGAUUAAAAUUCUUAUAUAAAAUUCCAAAUCCCUAGGGUUGGAUAUUUUGACAUUCUAUCUUCCAGUGAAAUCAUUCCCAUUCACUUCAACUCUUAAUUCGUAUACACUAUGGAAGUUCAAUAUCCAAGUCAUGUGGACCAAUGUAUUCCAGUCCAUUUUCAACCAUUAUCUAAAUUCGCAUCCUCCAUGUCAAACAUAUCUUGCCACCCAUUAAACCAUUGUAUAUUCCGUUGUAAUAACUGCUCUACAGAACUAUUUGAUAAUAUAACACCUUCCGAAUACGUAAUAAUAAAUCAUGAUACCGAAAUCUUAAGUGAUAAAAUACUAGUCAACUCAGUCUAUUGUCGUAAUUGUCAUACAUUUGUCGGAUUUAAGAUAGUUAAUUUUAAAAAGAGUAAGCCAGAUCCUAUACCAUUGGAAGAAAAUCAAGAUAUCUUUAGUUUGAAUGAAUACAAAAACAAUCUCAUCCAGAUAGAGAACAAUUUGAAUUCAAAGAUUGCUCAAUUAAAUUUCACCACGUUUCUCCAGAAUAACCAAGAUUACAUUGGAAAAAUUUACAUCUAUUUAUCAAAUAUCACAGUGAAAACUUAGACUUACGAAUUAUAUCACAAAAGUGAAGGUGUCACAAAAAAAUUGCUCAUUCAUUCCAUUUAAUUUUUCAGACAACAAAAAGCCGUCUGUUCUAGCAUUCAUUACAUUUCGGGAAUAAAUGUAUCAAGGUUAUGUUUCUUUCUUUAUACUAUUUUUUUUUACUGUUUCUUAGGGUAUAUAUUUCGCCUAGGUUGGCGCUAAUACAAGUAAUUUUAUCAAAGCUUAAGGGGUUAUGCCUGCAUAUCAGCCCAGUCAGCCCCCCACCCCCAUAAAUUUUUUUUUUUGUUCCCUAUCGAGCAAGUUUCCAGUUACCUGAUUUGGAACGAUAUGGGGUGAUUGACCCAAGGGCGAUCUACUAGUCAAUUUUGAAUUUGUGUUUGAAAAGUUAACAAGGGGAGACAAUUGCCAUGGUUACCAGUGUAAUAACAGCAAAUAUAAAGGUUUAACCGUAUGGUAUAUUGCUCAAGCAGACCCCGCCGAGCUGUAUUGUGAUCUAGGACAAAUGGCAUCAAUUGAUCAGAUAGAAAAAGUUUAUGCCAAGAAUAAACUUUUCAAUGCUCAAAGUAUAAAUCUAGCAUUCCGAUUCCUGUUACGGAUAAAUUAUAUUUGCUCGCAUUGCAAGGCGAACUAAUAGUAUGGUGUAGUUUAUAAUUUGCUCAUGGUGAUCUUAUUUUUGAUCCGUUUUCUAUUAUUAAUAUAAAAACAGUCUAUAAAUAGGACGAUAUCCUUGAUCAUAUUGAUUAAUUCAGAUUUAUAAUUGUUAUUAAACACUAAACCCUUCCCUCUUACCAAUAUAAUAAAUCAACUCACGCCAAAAAAAAAAUGAAUAUGGGACACGGAGCUGCUGAUCCUCAUGCAUGUAAGAUUUCCAUGCUUUGGAAUUGGUAUACUAUUGACGCUUGUUUCUUAGCAAGAUCGUGGCAUGUGAGUACCAAAGGUCAAUUUGCUGGUUCUUGUAUUGGGGCUUUCCUUUUAGUUGUUUCUGGUCAAUGGUUACACAGAUUUUCUCAAGAAUUUGAUGCUGCAAUUGUCAGACGUAAUAGACCAAUUAUCGACUGUAAUUGUGAUGAUUCAGAUGGUGGGAAAACCGCUGAUAUAUCACCAGGUCCAAAUCCUUACUUAUAUGCCUUAUCCCAUGAAUGGUUCUUUAACCCUGCUCCAGGAGUAGUGGCAACUCCAUUCGAACAUCUUAUUAGGUGUAUAUUGUUUGUUAUUGAAUGGGGAUUGGCUUAUAUUAUCAUGUUACUCUUCAUGUAUUACAAUGGGUAUAUUAUUAUUUCUUGUUUGUUGGGAGCCUUGUUUGGUAAAUUGAUCUUUGCCUAUAGACAACCUUUAGCAGGCCAGAAUUCUGUGGUCACAGCUUGUGGCCAUUAAAGAUGACCUAAAUCUUUAGAAAUUUUCCAGUUAACUAAUUGAUAAUUGUAUAUAGUUGCAAACUAGAUUGGAAAAAAAAAUACUUUUAUAUUGUAAAGAAUAUUGCUCUCAAAUUUUUGUUUGUCUAUAAAUUCAACUUAGUAAGCAAAUUGUAUAUUAUUUAUUGAUCAUGAAGUAAAAAUACAUCAAUGGCAUACUUAUAUUAUACUGUGAUUCAAACAUCUACUCCAUAUAAAGCAUUAUUGGUCUUGGAUGACCACGGGUUGUUGUGCUACGCGUCUUUAGGAAAACACCCAAACGUGUUACGAGAGGAAUUAGUUAAGGACUUUAAAUCGCUAAAGGAAUACAACCUAAAAUCAUUAUCAACCAUACCUUCAAACGAACAAAUUCAAAAGACAAUUGAUGGUUUUAGAAAAGGAAUGGAUGAUCCAAGAACUUUGAAUAAUCUUAAUAUUCGCACUAGAAUUAUCUUUGGUACGGCCCUACAGAAAAAGGUUUGGGAUAAGUUGUUGCAGAUACCUACUGGGACUACUAUGCAAUAUAAAGAAAUAGCUGAAUCAUUAAAUAUUCCAAAUUCAAGUCGGGUAGUAGGUAAUUGUUGUGGUGCAAACAAGAUUUCCUUGGUUAUUCCUUGUCACCGGGCUCUUGCGAAAAAUGGUAAGAUAACUGGUUAUCGCUGGGGGCUUGACAUAAAGCAAUAUUUACUCAAACAGGAAUUAGGUGACAAUUACAAUAAAAUUGUACAUUAACGAUUAUCAAAGGCUUUAUUUUAUCUCUAUAUAACCUAAGCUCUAACACGUAAUAUCUGAUCAACAGUAUCAACAACAGUCUUUUGUAAUGGAAUAUAUUCGAAACCAAGAAUUUGCUUAGUCUUGGAAUAGUCUAAUUUUUGGAAAGUUGCAAUUUCUGCAACGUCACUUUCUGGUUCCCCUUUGUAAGUAUUUAAUUGUGGAUAUUUCUUAGACAAGAUAUCGUAAACACUUUGAGAAGUGAAUCUGGAUGAUGAUAAAAUUAAUCUAUGAUUAGGAGCUUCCUUGCUAGUUAAAGCAACAAGAUGAGCUCUUGCGGCAUCUCUAACAUCAAUAAAACUACCAGUAUGGUGUUGCAACUUAGAAUCUGGGUUCAGGUACAACAUAGUUUCAAGAACUUGGGAAGAUUGAUUCAAUGUAGGGCUUAUCAAGGAAUCGUCAAUUUGAGGACCAAAAGUGUAACUUGGUAACACAGUAACCAAUUCAAACUUUGGCUUUUCGGUCUUGACGAAAUCCCAAGCCAAUUUUUCAGCAAGUGGUUUAGAACCCAAGUAAGCUAAAACUGGAUGAUCUUUGGAUGAUUCAUAAGUAGCUUUGCUCCAUACAGAUUCGUCAAGAGUGAUACUUGGAUUUCUGUCGUCAUUUUCUCUAGCAGCACAAUCAGAAGAAGUGAUAACAACUCUGGUGAUUUGAGGAGCAUAUUUUUGGAUAGAUUCUAAUACAUUCUUGGUACCUUGAAUAGCAGGAAUCAAAGUUUCCUUUUCUGGAUCAGUGACAUUCAUUCUGAAUGGGGAGGCAAUGUGUAAGAAAGCAGAGAUUUCAGGGUGAGAUUUCAAAACUUCAUCGAAAGCCCCAGCAUCGGCAAUGUUAGAAACAAUAACAUAGCUAAAUUUCUUGUUACCCUUUAAAGCCUUGACCAAUGCUUCUCCUUUGGAUUCUGAUCUAACAGAACCAAUGACAGUAUAUCCUUGAUCUAAUAAUUGUUGGACAGUAUGCAGGGCAAUAAAACCACUAGCACCAGAAACGAAAACAGUAGACAUUUUUUUUUUUCUAUUGAUAAGGGAAAUAACUGGGAAUUGAAAGAGGGAAUGUGUGUCAAUUUAUAUAGAUCGUACACCUGGAGCACCCCAU